GCCGCCACCCCUUCUGAAACUCUGGCCGAGCUGGACUCUGCAAACCUGCUUUCGCAAUGGGUGGGUUGUGAGCGCUGGUAAUGAGGAGCUCUGGGCCCAGCCAGCCUUGGAGAUGCCGAAGCGACGGGACAUCCUGGCCGUCAUCCUCAUCGUGCUGCCCUGGACGCUGCUCGUCACCGUGUGGCACCAGAGCACCAUCGCGCCCCUGCUCGCCGCGCACAAGGAUGACGGCGGGGACCCCCGGCGCCCCGCCCCGCCCGGCUCGGACCCCAGGGAGUACUGCAUGUCCGACCGCGACAUCGUGGAGGUGGUGCGCACCGAGUACGUGUACACGCGGCCGCCGCCGUGGUCCGACACGCUGCCCACCAUCCACGUGGUGACGCCCACCUACAGCCGCCCGGUGCAGAAGGCGGAGCUCACGCGCCUGGCCAACACGCUGCUGCACGUGCCCAACCUGCACUGGCUGCUGGUGGAGGACGCGCCGCACCGCACGCCGCUGGCCACGCGCCUGCUGCGCGACUCCGGCCUCAACUACACGCACCUGCACGUGGAGACGCCCCGCAACUACAAGCUGCGCGGCGACGCCCGUGACCCGCGCAUCCCGCGCGGCACCAUGCAGCGCAACCUGGCCCUGCGCUGGCUGCGGGAGACCUUCCCGCGCAACGCCAGCCAGCCGGGCGUGGUGUACUUCGCGGACGAUGACAACACCUACAGCCUGGAGCUCUUCGAGGAGAUGCGCAGCACCCGGAGGGUGUCCGUGUGGCCCGUGGCCUUCGUCGGGGGCCUGCGGUACGAGGCCCCGCGGGUCAACGCGGCGGGGAAGGUGGUCGGCUGGAAGACGGUGUUCGACCCCCACCGGCCCUUUGCCAUAGACAUGGCUGGGUUUGCGGUCAACCUGCGGCUCAUCCUGCAGCGCAGCCAGGCCUACUUCAAGCUGCGCGGCGUGAAGGGGGGCUACCAGGAGAGCAGCCUCCUCCGGGAGCUGGUCACCCUCAGCGACCUGGAGCCCAAGGCCGCCAACUGCACCAAGAUCCUGGUCUGGCACACGCGGACGGAGAAGCCCGUGCUGGUGAACGAGGGCAAAAAGGGCUUCACGGACCCCAUGGUGGAGAUCUGAGCCCCGGGACGCAGGAGCCUCUUCUCACACCCUGAUCCUGCCUUCCAUCCUCUCCCCGUGGCUGACGGUCCUCCAAGGCAAACUCCAAACGAAUGGCCAUCAGCCUCCUUUCUAUCCUGGGGCUUCAGAGAGCCCAGCCUGAGGCCAGGAAAAGGACGGAGAGCCUAAAGCACAGAAAUCCCGGACGUGUCGUUCUCUUCCACCCAGCGUGGCAGGGCCCCG